UUUUUGUCUCUCUCUCUUUCUCUCUGUAUAACACAUCCUUCUGCAACGACAGUCUAAAGUCGAAUCAUUUAAGGGAAAUGUACUGUUUGACUAUGAAUAUGGAAUUCAAGCAAUGUGAAAUGAACAUUGUGUCAUCUUACAUAAUAAAAUUUUAAAUAUUUAUUGCUGAAAUAAAUGUGGAGACACAAAGGUAGCUAUGUAAAGAAGCUAUUUGUUCCAUUUCCCAGUAGUAAAGAGAGGUAGAGUGGGAUGUGUGUUUUUGCAAGAUGUUACAGUAGAUUUACUCAUUUUGUCCUUGCAUCACCUGUUUACGUGGAUCUCUGUGCUCAUUCUGAAGUUACAUCAUAAAACUUUGAUCAUCCCUCCCUCCCCACAUCACUAAACUUUUCAGCCAGACCCUCUUUAACCAAUCACAGAGUUCUUCAUCUCUCUUCAUCUUCUUGUUGACCUGAUGGAACUGAAUUGAUUGGUUUUGACCAUAAUGUCCCACCUCUGUCUCCCAUGAGAAAACGUUUGUAUGGAAAGCACGAGAUGGCUGAAGACACAUCUGACUUGUGUGUCGGUCAGACGCUGGCAGGGACCCAACUCGAUCCACUCCAACUCUGUCAGAGACUGACAGUCAUACAAAAUUAUAGCAAAAGACGACUUAGUUGAACUUUGAUCAUGGAUAACGUUUCUGCUUUGAUUCUAAACACAAGCAUUUCUGGGUGGCGUCGUCCACUGUGGUACAUGUAUGAGGAGUGUGCUGUAGCUCCUUACGGGUUUAUCUUCUACUUCUCUGUCAAAGUAAUUAAUCUCAUUGUAGGAUUCCCAAGCAACGUCCUUGUGAUGCGGCAUAUUUUGACGAAGAAAAGUGAAGGCUCAACCUCCGACAUCUUCUUUUUGAACCUGUCCAUUAUAGAUGCAUUUUUCUCCCUCAUGACGGCUCUAGACUUGUUUAACCGCCUUUACCUGGAUGAUGAAGACGUCUGGUACUUUCUACGCUUCUCAUAUGGCGUGAAAGACAUGGCCCCCCUAUUCCUCACCUGUAUUUGCCUUGACAGGUACAUCGCCGUGGUCCAUCCCAUAGUAUUCACAGGGAUCCGAGACAAUCGUAUCCGGAUGGGCGUCUCUGUGGUGGUGUGGGGACUCAUCCUACCGUUCGCGUUGACCAAGUCCAUCCUGGGGACCAGAAGUGUAAACGAGGUGUUAGGGGGAGUCAUCCUGUUUGCAUUGUUCCUGAUGAUCUUCUGUAACUUGUCCAUCAUCUGGGUUCUCAGGAAGAGUGUCGCCGGGAAAGAAGUCAUGAAUCCGGGCAAAAAGAAGGCCUUCAAAACAGUGAUUACAGUUCUCACUCUCAUCGUGGUGAACUAUCUUCCUCCAGUGGCUCUAAUGCCGUUUUCAUACGCUUACACAUUUAGGGAUUUACAUUGUAAGAUCAGCGUCUCGGUGUACAGCAUCAUGAACCUGAGCUGUACAAUCGAGCCUCUCCUCUACAUCUCUAAAAUGGAGAGAUCUGUGCUGUGUCGCUGCCUAGAGAGUCCCUCAAAGAAACUUGAUGACAAAUAACGUCUGAAACCCAGCAAAGAGUCUACCUGUAUCUUCAUGUCAAAAUCACAUUUUGGUGUGUCCGGUAGUAGAAGCAAAAACCAUGAAUAAAUGUGCAGUGUUCAAAUUUUUGUUUGAUAUUUGUGAUGAUGAUGAUGUCUUGUGUACAGUCUGGGUCCUGAAAGAAUCUCAUUGAUGAGUCAUUAAUGUAAUUUACAGCUCAGUGUAAACAAACUUUAGAAAUUGUGUUUUCUGUAAUUGUGUUUUCUGAGUGCCGUGUUUCUGUUCAUCUUCAUCCUCUGUGUUUACCUGAUUUUUCAUGUGUGAUUGCUAUUAACUCUGUUUGAUUAAUAAUAUGACUGUGUAAAUAUAAAGGAAAAGAUCAAAUGUACAAAAA